UCCUCUAACAUUCCCGGUGCAAUUGUCACCUAUGUUGGGAGAACUUUCAAUGAGCCCAUCGACUUCAAUCUCCAUAGAUUCAAAGAAUUCUUUGCUUCCCGCAGACUUACUGAUCCCAUAUCACUCGAUCUUUAUGAGUUCAAAGCCUUAUGAAUCGACAUUACACCCUUCAUUGGGAACCUGGGUUGGGAAUUCCUCCUCCACUAUCCUCCACUUGCUGCUUGUCCACUACCUGUCAGGACAUUCUAUGCAAACCUUGAUUGUCAAGGGAUCACCACCAGAAAACUAACUACCCUUGUGAAUGGCUACUUUAUCUCUCUCACUGCUGAGGCUAUUGGAAUUCUGCUUAACCUCCCAACUGGAGGACCUCUGCCUUUGGCUCAUGAGGAUGAAUUCCUCUUCUAUGACUUUGAUCAUGAGAUUGAAUACUCUCGCAUCACUCAGCGACGAGUUGGGGCCAAUGAAAUCAUCACCUCUGCCGAUCUGAACCCCACACUUCGCACCCUCCACUAUUUUAUCACUCAUUUUUUUCUACCUCGCACUCAAGGGCUUCACAUUGUUACCAAACUCGACCUCUGGGUCCUUUCCAAUGCCCUCACUAGAUGCAAAAUUGACUAUUCCCAACUUCUUUUUUGGCUCCAUUGUUCGAAGUGUUGAUGCUCAUCUCGAUGGUCGCCUUCCCUAUGGAGGCUUCAUCACCCUGUUGCUAUCCAAUCUCGGUUUAUCCCUCGAUGGAUACUCCUCUGUCGAGACUUCUGUCUCUGUCUCGGCCCUCACUGUCCUCAACUAUAUCGGUGUUGACCCUCAGCCUUCGAAAGGGGGAGAAACCCUUGACCCAGCAGCUGCCAGACUCAUCAAAUAUAAGUCUAAAUCCCUGCAACUUGGGGACUCAUCUUCAUCUGUUCGCAAAAAUCAGAUUGUCUCGUUUGAAGAAGAAGAAGCUGAACUUAAACCAAAAACUGUAUCUGAAAAGGAUGUCAGACUGUUUGCUGAAGAGCUUGAGAAGGAUAUGAUGGAAGGAGUGGUUGGAACUCAGGGGGAGGAUGAGAUGGAAGGAGUGUCUGGAUCUCAGGGGGAGCCAAAACAAAAUUCUGUGCCAGAAGAUUAACCUUGAGGAGAAAAUCAUCGAAAUAAGAAAAAUCUAAUCUGCUUUGUGUUUUUCUGUUUAGACUGCACUAUGUUUUUCUGUCUUGAUCUGCUUUAAAGACCAUAAUGGUCUAAGUGUGGUGUCUUUCUGUUCAAAAGACCAUAAAGGUCUAAGCAAGGUGUUCAAUGAUAAGUAAGUCCAGAAUAAAUGAUCAUAAUGAUU